UUAUGACGCACUGAGAGAAUGUGUAAACGAGUUACUAACAUUUGUAUUAAUCAUCAGAAUGUAUAUUGAUGACAUCACUACAUUAGUUUAAUUGCAUGUGUGACUUGUUUAUUUGCAUCGAACAAUGUUUGCAACAGAAAAAUCGUCGUUUUCCAACAGCAGUGGUACAAAUAUCACUAAUGGUAUCAACACAAGAACAGAAUGGAUUCUUUCGACAACGUUUUCCGCCAUUUGCUUCGUUUCUGUGUUUUAUCUUACUACAGCGUUGUCAAUAUACGCGCAGAGGAAACGUCUUUGUAUAUGCCAAGGACAACUCAAUGGAAACGGAAUAAAGGGACCUCGACUUUUAAGCUAUCUAUCAAUAAUAGGAAUAAUGGCCGAAAUAAUAUAUUUCGCUACUGGUUUAAUUCCAUUACACCUAUUUGGUGAGCCUGCGUGUUCUAUUGGACAAAGAAUCACAAUUUCUUGCGGUGUUCUAGUUCUUGGAUGCGUCUACUUCGGCCUAUGGUUUCGUAUUUACAGCAUAUUUUAUCACGACCAAAUCGUAAAGAAAAAUCUGCACAUAGUCGUUCGAGCCAUCGGAAAAAUGAGUUUUCUAUUUUUCGUCGUAAUGUUGGUGACGAAUACCAUCGUAUUCAUGUGGGCACCUGCUUACAAAACAACUCCAGCUGGGUGUCUAAAAGUUGAACAAAAAGAUAGUUCGACUUUAAAGUGGUCGCUGCUGGUGUCUUCUACUGUCUUGUUUCAAGCAACUUUGUUGUUCUUGUUCAUAUACCCACUAUGGCUGCAUCGAAAGGACAGUUUGAUUCAAGGCUUUGACUCGAAACGAACAAUUCCAAUUAUCAAACGUGUGUUAGUAACUUCAAUUAUUUGUAUUCUCUCCGACGGCUGUAACGCUAUAUUUGCACUCACUAACAAGAACUCGUAUUGGUAUAUUCGCCAUUUGGUGUACGGUUUAAACAUACUGGUAAAUUUAAUGGCAUUUAUUUUCUCAUUUGUAGACUGGAAAAAAAGACUAUUUCCAAUAUUAAUUAGUCGUCGAUCGUGGCCCAAAAGUAGUAGACAGGCUACACGUACCCAAACGCAAAUUUCCAGACUUACAACGGUAUCCCGUUAAAGCAAAUAAUAUUCACUCACGUGAAACUAUAUAUCCGAUGUUGUAUUUAAAACUGUGCUAUGGCUUCAUAUUUAAAAUUUCACAACAUACUUU